AUGGCCUGAGCGGCCAUGUCCGGCGUGGUGCGGACCCUCAGCCGCUGCCUGCUGCCGGCCGAGGCCGGCGGGGCCCGCGAGCGCAGGGCGGGCGGCAGCGGGGCCCGCGACGCGGAGCGCGAGGCGCGGCGGCGCAGCCGGGACAUCGACGCGGGGCUGGCCCGCGAGCGGCGCGCCGUGCGGCGCCUCGUCAAGAUCCUGCUGCUGGGCGCGGGCGAGAGCGGCAAGUCCACCUUCCUCAAGCAGAUGCGCAUCAUCCACGGCCGCGAGUUCGACCAGAAGGCGCUGCUCGAGUUCCGCGACACCAUCUUCGACAACAUCCUCAAGGGCUCAAGGGUCCUCGUGGAUGCGCGAGACAAGCUGGGCAUCCCGUGGCAGUAUUCGGAAAAUGAGAAGCACGGCAUGUUUCUCCUGGCCUUUGAGAACAAGGCGGGGCUGCCCGUGGAGCCUGCAACCUUCCAGCUGUACGUCCCCGCCCUGAGCGCUCUCUGGAGGGACUCCGGCAUCAGGGAGGCUUUUAGCCGGAGGAGCGAGUUCCAGCUGGGUGAAUCCGUGAAGUACUUUCUGGACAACUUGGACCGGAUCGGCCAGCUGAAUUACUUUCCCAGCAAGCAGGACAUCCUGCUGGCGCGGAAGGCCACCAAGGGCAUUGUGGAACACGACUUUGUCAUUAAAAAAAUCCCUUUUAAGAUGGUGGACGUGGGCGGCCAGAGGUCCCAGCGCCAGAAGUGGUUCCAGUGCUUCGACGGCAUCACGUCCAUCCUGUUCAUGGUGUCGUCCAGCGAGUACGACCAGGUGCUCAUGGAGGACAGGCGCACCAACCGGCUGCUGGAGGCCAUGAGCAUCUUCGAGACCAUAGUCAACAACAAACUCUUCUUCAACGUCUCCAUGAUCCUUUUCCUCAACAAGACGGACCUCCUGGUGGAGAAGGUCAAGACCGUCAGCAUCAAGAAGCACUUCCCGGACUUCAAGGGCGACCCCCACAGGCUGGAGGACGUUCAGCGCUACCUGGUCCAGUGCUUCGACCGCAAGAGACGCAACCGCACCAAGCCCCUGUUUCACCACUUCACCACCGCCAUAGACACGGAGAACGUCCGCUUCGUGUUUCACGCUGUGAAGGACACCAUCCUGCAGGAGAACCUGAGGGACAUCAUGCUGCAGUGACCGAGGGCGCCCCCCGCCCCCCCCGCCGCCUUCCGCCACCGCCGCGCCGCCCCCCGCCACACCUCCCUGGGCCCGGGGCGGGCCUCCCGGGUCUGUGCCGCCGCGCCUGCCGCGCCCGCGCCGCCACGCUCCGGGCCCGGGGCCACGGACACCCGGACGAUAGCUACUGAACCCGGGGCGUAGUCAAACUACUGAGAAUCCGAGGGGCCACUCUGCCGUCGGUUCGUGACACCUGGUAACACCGCCCCCCUCUCUUCACAGAAACCGUAUUCCUUUCCCGACACAGCUUCACGAGGACUGUGUGCGGGGGGGGGGGGGGGGGGACGUGCGCACACCGCGCACACUCGGGAAUGACCAGGACACGAACCGGCCAGCCUCGCAGGUGGCUCUUCUCUCUCCCCCGCCAGUCUUCCGUGAGAGACGCUGACCCGAGAGCUUUGCCCGACGGUGGUUUGCGGGAGAUCGGGGGUCUCCGCGCCCCCUCGCAGAGCAAGCACGUUGCCUUUUAAAACCCCGGUGCCGGCUCGAGGGACCCCGGCCCAGGCACCCUAGAUGAGGCCGGGGGCCCCGCGUUGGAGGGUGGGAGCGGGCUCGCCUUAACGCCACACGGCCGGUGCUGGUGAUCCGCCCCGCCCCGCUCUGCCCGUGACCUCUGUCCUCCGGUCACCUUCCGAUACCUGCACGCGGCCGCGCCCGGGCCCCCUUCCCUUGGAAGGCGGGAGAGCGCUUCCUGCUCCCCUCGGGACUCCUGAACACCGGUAGGAUUCCUGGCGGAGCCUGUGUGAACGCCACGGCCGCCUGGUGAGCCCACCCGCUGACCUUGCAGGAAGCCCAGACUCUGGAGCCGGAGUCCGAGUUUCUGCCAACUGCUGCCACCUCGAUGCCUUUGGACCGGGACCCGCUCCCGGCUCCGCUCGGACCUUCCCGCUCACCAAGGUCUCCUCGUCAAUGUGCACAUGUCACAAGUGAUCACUACCGGACGUGGCUCUCUUCCGGGAGAAGCCAGGAAGGUCUGUCCAGGCCCGCGGGCUUGGACAUAGCAGAUCUCCUCUCCCCCCCCCCCCCCCCCCCCCGCCGUGCCCCUACCCACUCACCUUUGCACCGGUGUCUCCCGCUGGCUGUCAGAUACACUGCGUCCCAAGCUGGUCCCGCCGUGCGUUCCUCUGAUAGAAACGUCUGGUGUGUCAGGACUUUUCCUAGUAUUUAGAAGGAAACAGGAAGCUUCCUCUGACUGGCACCACACGGUCACUGUGGCUGAGUAGCACCCGCGAGGCCCCCCGUCCCGAGGCUGCCCUGCUCCCGAUCCUGUGUCCCUUUUGCGUCAAUCCUGGCUCGUUUCCAGCGAUCUUGUGGCCUGUGCUGACCCAGGAGGAAGGACAGCAGGACCUGCUCCUGACUUGUCCUUGUCAUCAGUGUUCUCAGUGAGGAGACCACAGGAAACUCCCUCUGUCUCUCUCCCUCUCCCCCUCUCUCCCCCUCUCUCCCCCUCUCUCUCCUCUCGCCCUCUCUCCCCUCUCUC